AUGGCUGGCUUCACCAAACUCAAGAUUGCGCCCAGGACACCACCCCCGUCCCAGGGCGGCGGCGGCGGCGACUACGACUCAGUGCCCCCAGAUGACCACUGCUCCGCCGUCGCUGGCCACAAAUUACCAGCAGCUCCCAUCUCGCCUCCUGAAAACACAAGACCCAGGAAGCGAAGACGCGUAAAUCGCAUCACCCGGCCCGAGCCGGGUUCCCUGUACGACAUCCUUCACGAGAACCAGGGAGAGUCUCUCUUCAUCAUCCCAAUAUGCUGGCAAGACCAGCACGCCCGCCUCCUCGGCGUCCAAUGGAGCCACCGCGCCACCGUCCGCAGACCAGUCCCUGAUUUCAACUCCAUGUCUUUCAAGUACCCCCCACGUCCGACACAGGUCGCUACCGACCUGAGCAGAGACCUCACCACCAUCCUGACUGCAGAUCCCAGCCCGCUCCAGCUGGCCGCACUCAAGAGCGUCAUGUCAACGAUGUUUCCCGCCACGCUGUCGAGGGCAAGGUCGGAAAUGAAUCUCGAGAUCCGCUUCGGGGACCAAGUUUUGAAACGCGGUGUGCGAGUCCCUCUCAUGUGGAAGCAGUACGAGCAGAAUAGCCGCUCAUUCGACAGCGCUUCUACCAAGCUUGCAGAAUCCUACGGCCGCAUACCUAGCAGCAGCCGGCAGUCCUUUGCAAGCCAAGACACCGACUGGAGGAGCAGUGGUUCUCAGUCGUGGUCAGACCAGCCGGUGCUAGCCUUCAUCAACAGGACUCAUCUGCACCAAGUGCGCAGCAAUCUGUACCGUGUUGCGCCCGGCCCAAAUAACAGCGCCAACGUCCCGGUCGACAACCUUCAGAAGCUACGAUGCAAGCGGCUCGUCCCACAAAAUGCCGACCAAGAUUCCUAUCUCGUCGCUAUCAUGCUGGCUAUUGCGCAGUGGCAGUGCUAUCCCCAGCGCAGGUACUCUUCCAGAUGGUCGUCACAAAACUCAUCCCAGGCAUCUCGGGCUGGCCAUGAGACAUCCUUACCUCAGCCCGAAUUUCGGGACAUCCCGGUCAAGAUCAUCACACAAGACCACGACGCGGCCGAGUUUGUCAUCUACAGCGCAGUCGUCACCGCAGCGUUUCUACAACGUUUUGCCUUCCCCUCAAAAGCUCCCCAUGUCACGGACACGCAAGAUGGUGGCUUGAAGAUCGAGGUCACCAGGGUACAGAUUUGGCCCGUUCUCGGUCUGAAGGAGCGACUCGCCAAGGCCCUCGGCCCUCAAAUUGCCGGUGACUUGGCCUCUCACGAAACGUCGGGCACCGACAUCGAGACAUGGGAGACGGAGCAGGAGCGUGCCUUCCGCCUCGGCAACCUCAAGAGGAAGAGGGAGGCACUUUCCGAAGUAUUCAACAAAAGCUUCGAAUCUACCGAGGGAGGCUCGCCUCUUCCCGUCGGCCUGGAGACAGGGCUGGGUAUUACGGUCGCCUCACCCCCAGUUUCGCCGAGAACGCCCAAGCGGAGACGUACGCAGUCAAAUACGCAACUGGAGGUCUGCUAG